UUAGCAAAUAAAUACUGGGCUCCACAUGUGAAGAAAAAAUUGUCUUUUGAUUCAAAGGUUAUUGAAGAUGUAUAUACAAAAGAAAUUGUCAGGUCAAAGUUUGCUAUUAGAAAGAUUAUGCUUCUCGAAUUCAGCCAGUACCUUGAAAAUUACCUAUGGAUGAAUUAUUCUCCAGAGGUGUCCAGUAAGGCAUAUUUAAUGUCAAUCUGCUGUAUGGUGAAUGAGAAGUUCAGAGAGAAUGUCCCUGCGUGGGAGACAUUCAAAAAAAAGCCAGAACACUUUCCGUUCUUUUUCAAAUGCAUAUUGAAGGCAUCACUGGUUGAAAACGACAGUGAAUACUCUCUUCAUGAACAGACGGUCCUGCUGCUUUUCCUUGAUCACUGCUUCAAUAGUUUGGAAGUGGAUUUGAUCAGAAGUCAGGUGCAGCAGCUCAUUUCCUUACCGAUGUGGAUGGCUCUACAACCUAAACGGCUGGAACAAGAGCUGAAAAGGACACCAAAACUAAGAAAAUUCUGGAAUCUAAUUAAGAAAAAUGAUGGGAAAAUGGAUGAGGAGACAAGAAUGCAAGCGUAUCGGGAGAGAAGAUUUCUUUCACAGCUCAUUCAGAAGUUCAUUUCUGUGCUAAAAUCAAUACCUGUCUCAGGUCCUAUUUCUAUGGACAAAGUACAUUAUUGUGAGAGAUUCAUUGAACUCAUGCUGGAUCUUGAGGCUUUGCUUCCCACACGGCGCUGGUUUAAUACAGUGUUGGAUGACUCCCAUCUUGUUGUUCACUGUUACUUGUCCAGUCUUGCUAAAAGAGAGAAGGAGGGUCAUCUCUUUUGCCAGCUUUUAGAUAUGCUUAAAUUCUACACUGGCUUUGAAAUCAAUGAUCAGACUGGAAAUGCUUUGACAGAGAAUGAGAUGACAACAAUUCACUAUGACAGAAUUACUUCUUUACAGAGAGCAGCAUUUGCGCAUUUUCCGGAGUUAUAUGACUUUGCACUCUCAAAUGUAGCUGCAGUAGAUACUCGUGAUUCACUGGUGAAGUUAUUUGGGCCCCUUAGCUCAAAUACUCUCCACCAGGUGGCGUCAUACCUCUGCCUGCUGCCACCCCUUCCGGAGGGGGAAGACUCUAGCUAUGAAAAGGAGUUUCUGCUGGAGUUGCUGGUUUCCCGUCAUGAGCGACGAAUAUCUCAAAUUCAGCAACUCAACCAGAUGCCUCUUUAUCCCACAGAGAAGAUUAUUUGGGAUGAAAAUAUUGUGCCAACUGAAUAUUAUUCUGGGGAAGGCUGUCUCGCACUUCCCAAAUUGAAUCUGCAGUUUCUGACUCUUCAUGACUACCUGCUGAGGAACUUCAAUCUUUUCCGCUUGGAGUCUACCUACGAGAUCCGACAGGACAUUGAAGAUAGUGUCAGUAGGAUGAAACCAUGGUUGUCAGAAUAUGGAGGUGUGGUCUUUGGUGGAUGGGCUAGGAUGGCACAACCGAUUGUCUCUUUCACAGUGGUGGAGGUGGCAAAGCCCAAUAUUGGUGAAAACUGGCCCAUGCGAGUACGAGCAGAUGUUACAAUUAACUUGAAUGUCCGUGAUAGCAUCAAAGAUGAAUGGGAAGGUCUGCGUAAACAUGAUGUCUGCUUUUUGGUUACUGUACGUCCCACGCAACCUUAUGGCACGAAGUUUGACCGACGACGACCUUUUGUUGAGCAAACUGGCCUGGUGUAUGUCAGAGGCUGUGAAAUCCAGGGCAUGUUGGAUGAGAAAGGACGUGUUAUUGAAGAAGGACCUGAACCCAAACCAAGACUUAAAGGGGAUUGCAGAACAUACAGAGUAUUUCUGGACCCAAACCAGUAUCAACAAGACAUGGCCAAUACAAUCCAAAAUGGAGCGGAAGAUGUUUAUGAGACAUUUAAUAUAAUAAUGAGAAGAAAACCAAAAGAAAACAAUUUCAAGGCUGUUCUGGAGACUAUUAGGAAUUUGAUGAACACAGAUUGUGUGGUUCCUGACUGGCUGCAUGACAUCAUUCUAGGAUAUGGAGACCCAAGCAGUGCACACUAUUCGAAAAUGCCAAAUCAGAUUGCAACUCUGGAUUUUAAUGACACUUUCCUGUCCAUUGAUCACUUAAAAGCUAGCUUUCCUGGAUACAGUAUUAAAGUGACUGUUGACAAUCCAGUUCUGCAAAUACCCCCCUUCAGGAUAACUUUCCCAAUAAAGGGAGGUAAAGGAAAGAAAAGAAAAGAAGAGGAUGGGAACGAAGAAAAACCUGAAGAAGCUAAAACACUGAUUGUAGAGCCUCAUGUCAUUCCAAACAGGGGACCUUAUCCAUAUAAUCAACCAAAACGCAAUACUAUUCAAUUUACUCAUACUCAGAUUGAAGCUAUACGUGCGGGAAUGCAGCCUGGACUAACUAUGGUGGUGGGUCCACCUGGUACUGGAAAAACUGAUGUAGCAGUCCAGAUAAUAUCCAAUCUUUAUCAUAAUUUCCCAGAACAACGAACUCUUAUAGUUACCCACUCUAAUCAGGCCUUGAACCAACUGUUUGAAAAAAUCAUGGCUCUAGACAUUGAUGAGCGCCACCUCCUGCGUCUGGGUCAUGGAGAAGAGGAAUUAGAGACAGAGAAAGAUUUCAGCAG